UCUUCUCCGCUGAGAGUUGUUCGUCUGGUUUUGUUCAUACUUUCCUUCCUCUAGUAAAACUUGUAAACAGUGGAUUUGUCGUAGGUGUCUUGUGAACGGGUCACAGCAGAAUGCCAAAGAAAAAGAAAAACGGACUGAGUCCCUCUCGAGCCCCGUUGUAUGCGGCUGAAUACGGGAGCGGAUCCGAGAGUCGAGCACACGGGGCAAACGGACCUUUUGUGACCCGGCCGGACUCAUCAUAUGAUAACUUUGGAUCCACGCAGUUCAGGAGCGGUCAGCUGGAAUUUCAAAGCAGAAACGAAAUGAUCCAGAGCAUGCAGGAGAUGUUUUCACAUCUGGAUCCAGAAGUCAUUUACAUGGUGCUCUCAGAAGCAGAUUUUAAAGUGGACAAUGCGAUGGAUUCCCUUUUGGAGCUGUCAGAUGCUGCUGAGGUCAUAGCUCCACCCCCUCCUCCUGUCUCAGGCUUUGAGCAGGCAGCCGCUCUCCUGGCAACAAACACCACUCAAGCAGAUCCCCUCAGUGGAACGGCGCAGAGCUUCACCUUUGCAAACCAGCCUGCAUCUCAAGCAGAGUUUAGUCCUACCGAAACACACCUGACAGAAGAGUUUGAUGCUCUCAUAGAUAAGGAACUUCAAACAUUGACGUCACAGCAGUCAAAAACUAGCUCGCAUCCUCUGAUGUCCUCCAUACCGCUGUCUUCUCUGCCCCCUCCUUCUCAAUCGAUCCCUCUCUCCUCGCUGCCUUUUACACCCCAGACUCAGCUUCCAGCUCCUCCAACUUUACCAGAGCAGGCUGAGCAGGCCUCUUACUCUGACCCCGGGCUCAGUGAGGCCCGUGGCGGUAGUUCACCCAUGAAUGAAUUAAGUUUUGGUGGGGUUCAUAUCCCUGAGACCAACACCUUAUCUCUUGACUUUAGUCACCUAACGCUGGAGGCCAGCUCUACUGAACCACGGCCCUCAGCCUUCCAGGUUUACCGUAGACCUGACCAACUCCGUAACCACGCAGUGGCAAAGCAGCAUCAAGAAGCACUCCGCACUCCCGCCAUGUUCUGGAACACUCAGGCUGCUGAGUUUCAUCCUCACGCUGUGGGGCCAACCUUCAUUACACCUGUCAUUCCUAACCCCACACCUUGGAGCACUAAUCCCAUCACUGCUUCUCAGUGGUUGGCUCAUGGACCUAUCAGACAAGCACCUCUGAAACCUUCUGCGACUGUACCGGAGUCAUGGACUCUGCCCCCCAGGAACAGACUCAGAUUGGAAGGGCAGUUGUUGGUGUUACUUAGAGGGGCUCCUGGAUCAGGCAAAACCACCCUUGCCAAUGCUAUGUUGGCGCAGAACCCUGGAGGAGUUGUUUUAAGCACUGAUGAUUAUUUUACUCGAAAUGGACAGUACCAUUUUGAGCCAAAUUUACUAGGAGAGGCCCACGAGUGGAAUCACCAGAGAGCAAAAGAGGCUUUUGAAAAAGGACAGUCACCCAUCAUAAUAGACAACACCAAUAUGCAAUGUUGGGAGAUGAAACCAUACAUUGCCAUGGCACAGAAACACAGAUAUAAGGUGCUGUUUCGUGAGCCAGAUACCUGGUGGAAAACUAAACCCAGAGAGCUGGAGAAGCGCACAAGGCAUCAAGUAACAAAGGAGAAAAUCCGACGCAUAUUAGAACGGUAUGACCGAUUUGUCUCUGUCCAGAGCAUCAUGAAUUCACAAAGACCAGAACUAAUGACAAGUGUUGUGGAUUCGUCACAAACAGAGACUGAGCAACCCCAGCAAUCUUUACACCCUGGCCUCAGUCAUCCUGAUCUUGUUGGUGACUCUGGGUUGAGCAAACUCAAAACAAACCUUUCCUCAUCUUUCCCCGAUGUGUCCUCUGUUAGCCAGACUUACAGUACCAUAUCUGCAGGUGAGGAAGAAGGUGAAAUGGGCUCCUACAGUUCCAAGGAAUCUGUCUUGUUCCAUGAGAAUAUUCUGGAAGGGUUUGGAACUCCUCAGUCUGAUCUUCUUGAUACUGAAGGGUUAGACUUGGAGCUAGAUGCCUGCCUUGUGGACACGGAAAAAGAUUUGGGAAAUUUGAGUAGCAGGACAACUGAAGAAUUUGUAGUGUCAGCGCAUGAAAAGUUUCUGGAGCCGCCUGUGGCAUUUUCAGAGUCCAUUGCUCAGCGUGUGAGGAGGGACAGAGUAAAAGAUAGAAAUGCGCUAGGAACUAGUGCCAUUGAUCAACCUGUGAACUUUGACCCCAGUGUUGACUCUCCAGCGCAAGAUAAGGAGGAGGGAUGUGAAGGCGAGACUCUUUCUGAAGACAAAGCAGUGCGGCCAGAGCUGUUGGAUUUUGUUGGGGACUGGCCACUGGAAUCUCAAUGUCAGCGUGAAGGAAGACGUCAGAAUUCAAAGAAUAAUACUGUUAAGAACACUGUUUUGGAAUCCAGUGUUGUUGAACACAAAGAUAACACUUCUGCUGAUGAAGACAAACAUUCUGAUACUGAUAAUAUGAAUACAGUUGAAUUUCAAAAACUUGUAGAUCUACUGCAAUGUGGAAUAAACUCUUCUCCAGGUUUUUACCAGGGUCCAGCUCAAAGUAAAGAGACUACUCUGAAUUCCCUUUCCUUUGGUGGAAAAGAGGGUAACAUGAACCUGGAGACUGUGGUUUGGCCUGAACUUCCUGACUGUGUGCUGGAGAGAACGUUCUCGGAGUGCACUGACCCAUGCAAGGAUUACUCUAAUUCAAGUCCAUCAAAACAGAGAGCAGACCCAACUGAGCAGUCUAAUCAGGUGUCUGCUGAGAAGAACACACAGGAUGAGGUUGAGCAGGAGGACAAUGUGUUGUCAGAAGAUAAAUGCAGAUUGAGCCCAAAUGUCCAAGAAACUCUGUGCUCAAAGGUUGCCGUAGACUCAGAGAGCAGUAUGGAAAGACGAAGAGGGCUUAGCCGAAGAGUGGGGAAAUCUUGUAAACUGGCUCUCACCUUCACCAAUCAAAGCCCUUCAUCACCUUGCUCACAAUCUCCAGUUGUUUCACAUCUGCAUCCUGAUCUUACACCUACAGAGCAGCCACCUUCAUUGCCUGUGGAGUCAUGUUCCAGUGCCUCAACCCAGACACAACCUCAGGACUUUGCCUUGCUUUGGCGAAUUGACCAGAAGAAAUGUUCUGUAUUAGACUCUGAUUUAUCUAGUUGUGGUGUGUUUGUUUUGGAGGGAAACUCUUCGCAUUUCACGCCAAAAACAAGUGAACAGGAGUCUGCCUGCCAGCAGGGAGUGCCAUACCGUGUGGUCCAUGAGAAGAGUUCUCAGGUAGAAGAGAAUGACUUUAGAGAAUCUAACUCUAAAAAGCAAAACCUUGAGAUUCUGAGCCGCCAUUUCAGACGUGUCUCCAUUGAUAUUCUGGAAGACCUUUAUGAGAAGUGCCAUCAAGAUAUCGAGUGGACAACCAACUUGUUACUAGAUUCCGGAGAACGACUGUAUAAAGAAAAUGAUGAGGGAGAUGAUGAUUUGGUUCCUGUGGAAGAGUCAUGUAAAUCAUCUAUAGAACCAUCAGAAACUGUGAUGGGCUCAGAAAGUGUCCAGGCUAGACCUGUAUUGUCUGAUGACUCCAGCAACGGUUCAGGAAGUAGCAUCAGUCUCAAGUCCCAAGAAACUAACCUUAGUGACGUUAGCCAAGCUGAUGAUGAUUGGACUCCGGGUCAAAGUUCACAAAGUGAAGCUGAAGGAUCUGAUGAGGCAAGCAUGACAAAGGAGAAAUGUGAGCCCAAAACUUCCUUUGGAGCAUUAAAACAGCCGACAGAAGGCACUGAAGUACAACUGGAGGUUAUGGCAGCUAAUGAGCAACAGACAGACAACACAGGUCAGCAAGUUCCAGUUCAGGAAGAGGCAUUAAUGACAGAAGGUGAGAAAGUUCAAUGCCUGGAGGAAGCAUUGAAGGAAUGGAGUGAAGAGGAGGCAGGAGAGAAGGAAAAGGAGGAUGAUGAGACAAGAGCAGAGGUGAAUGCCAUAACGCAGUCACUGCUGUGUCAGAUUGACGAAAUGGAGCGCGAAGAGAGGAAGGAACGAGAAAGGGAAAGAAAGAGAACUGCACAGGGGGGGAGGGAGCCAAGCUCAAUGGAUAUUCAAACCUUGGAGCUGAAACUUCCAACUGAACUUGCAUUGCAGCUCACUGAGCUUUUUGGACCUGUUGGGGUCAGUCCAGGUGCCUUUUCAUCAGAUGACUGUGCAGUGCAGAUAGACCUGAAUUUGGCCAAACUGCUGCACCAGAAAUGGAAGGAGACUAUCCAAGAGAAGCACAGACAGGCAGCUCUGUCCUAUCAGCUAAUGCAAGAGAGUCCUGUCCACUGGGGUGAAUUGCAGGGAAGCAAAACCAGACUGAGGGACCAAUUAGGUUUGCAUGAAGAAAUUCCUUUUAUGGAUCACUGGAGUGCAUCCUGUGCUCCUGUCUCACUGAGGGACAUCAUGAUCGAAGAGCAGGUGAUGCAAGACAGCAUGGAGAAGUCCAGGUCAAGUCGGAGGGACCUGGAUAAGAAAGACGGUGCAACCAAGCUGAAGGAGAACCAGCUGUUUUCCAUGUUUCCCACCAUAGACCGACAUUUUCUCAGGGACAUCUUCAGAGAUCACAACUACUCUCUGGAGCAGACCGAACAGUUUUUGCAUACUCUGCUUGAUGACGGGCCUGUCAAAAAUGUAGUGGCGCCUGAACCUUCCCCUCAACGUAAUGGUGCGCACAGAACUUCGAGCAAAGAGCGGAGAUGGAAAUCGAGAGAUGAGGUGGUAGAAGCUGCUCAAUUCCAGGAUUCGGAGGAUCCAGAAUAUGAGGACUUCCGUACAGAGGCAACACUGCAGAGACAUCAGCAGAUAGAGUGUUUUAACAAGGCAGCUGAAGCUCAUCGACAAGGACGAAAGGAUGUGGCUAGUUUCUACGCACAACAGGGUCACAUGCAUGGGGACAAGAUGCGUGAAGCGAAUCACAGAGCAGCCAUGCAGAUAUUCCAGAGAGUGAAUGCUUCACUCCUGCCUCAGAAUAUUCUAGAUCUCCAUGGACUGCAUGUGGAUGAGGCCCUUCAUCAUCUUAGUCAGGUUCUCACAGACAAGAAUUUAGAAUUCAGUCAGGGUUUGUGCCAGCCUCAGCUGUCAAUCAUCACAGGAAGAGGCAAUCGCAGCCAAGGGGGAGUGGCACGCCUCAGGCCUGCUGUACUAGACUACCUCAAAAAUCAUCACUACAGUUUUACUGAGCCUAAGACUGGAUUGGUGCUGGUCACACUUCAUAAAGAGCUGCUACAGUGAAGCAUUUAAUUUUAGAUUUCUCACUACACUGUGUCUUCUCUGCAGAUUAAUAGUGCCAGUAAUUAUAUUGUUAUUUUGUCUUUUAACUACAUACACCAUUUUCAUGUCUUUCUGUAAUUGUGCAAGAGUUAAUCCAAGUCAUAAAAAAAUCAAGGUACUACAUAUUUACACAGUGUUUUAUAUUGCAUUGACCUGUGCAUACAUAUUUUUCUUUAUUGAAUGUUUAUUGAUGCUUCCUUAUCCCACUUCCUAAUUGUAAUCACUACAAUUUUACGUAAUGAGAUUUUUUUUGUUUUUGGCCUUUUGUAACUAUAUAUAUAUAAUGGUCUCACAUUUUUCAUAACCGGACCAUAUAGGAGAAAACGUGGGUUGUUAUUCAGGUACUUGUUUGAUAUUUUAUUUUAUUUUUAUUGGACAUUUUUUUUGAUCCAUACUUUUGGUUUAUUAGCGUAACGUCAGUUUUACAAGACCUUGGAUGUUGUGUAUGGAAAUGGGGAUGUCAUAGGAUGGCUUAUUCUCUUCAGUGUUGGUAUAUAUAGAGAUAUGUUAAUAGAGUUUCUGGAAAUAUAAAUGCUGAUCCUCAGUCAGCUUUGCAUUUUAGUUUGAUUGUGAGCAGCUUGGACAGAUCCUCGAUCAGAAUUGAACAUUUUAUGUUGCUAUGCUGUGCUAGUAUUUGACUUUUAGCUCAGCUUUGGUUUUUAUAUUUCUAGUUGAAAAUGUUGAUACCACACAUAUUUUAUAGACAUCUUAAUGCUGCUAUGCAAAUCACAAUUGUUAUGUGUAAGAAUUUGUCCUGAAAAAAUAUUUUUGUGAAAUUGUAUAUUUUGAACCUCAAAAGAUUUUAUAUGUAAAGUUUUGUUUUAUUUUUGUUAGAAAUUAUGGUUGGGAAAAACUGAAGAGAAGAAUAAAGUCUUAAUAUUUACAAUC